UCUGCCCAGGGCCCCCCUCCCCAAAGUUGUGCCUCGAUUGCACAUUGAGUCAUUCCCGAAAGACAAAAAAAAAAGAGCGGCAGAAUGUUCCAACAAUACACCGCCUACCGAAAGAGCUUCGCCGGGCUGAAGAACCUCAACUUCAUGGAGCUCCCCCCACAUAACGCAGAACCUCAUGAUCCACAAUAGUAAAACAAGUCAAGCCCGUCCCAUUUCAUCUCAUUCAUUCGGAAAGACGGUCGCAUGUCACGGCGCUGGGUUGGUUUAGUGAGGAUUUCACGUUCAAGAUUCAAAGUUCGCCUUUCUGUGUGCUCCAGCACUUUCCUAUAUUCUAUAGCAUAUGCUAUGUGAAGCUUUGCAUGCUUCUUCGCAUUCCCUCGCCAUUAUUUGUCUUUUCCCCCCAUGUUAUGUUCAAGUUGUCUUUUCCUGGCAACUAACUUGACAAACCGCCCAAAAUGACAAUGACGGAUGUGGGCGCAAACACAAACGGUGCCGCCCAAACCACCAUUGACUUGACUGCCGCCAAAGCCGAUCUCAGCUCCUCUUCCACCAGUCGCAGGGUUGCCCAAUUGAAGUCGCUCAGCGACAAGAUCAAUGGCAAAUCUGUUGACCAAUCUUCCAUACCCAAGCUCUCCAAGCUUCUGUUCGAUACUCACCCUUUAUAUAACGACCGACCUUCGCGACGUGCGGUAGAGACAUGUAUCGCCUCGAUAUUCACCACCACUAGCGACCCCAAGUUGCUCACGCCCUUCGUUACUGCCCUGCGCCAGGAAUCCCAGAAGCCGGCCAUCGCCCCCAACAACGCUUUCGUGCUGGUCGAGUGGUGCUGCUUGCUGUUCAAGAGCCUCGCCGGAACUCCCCUGUUCGACCAGUUCAGCGUAGACAUCAUCAACGCCAAUGCUGCUGCCCUCGAGAGGUGCUUUCAGCCGCCCACAAGACUCUCCGUGGCUCAUUCUGCUCUUGUUAUCACCCGACGAGGACUAAGAGCCGCCUUCUGGCACAAGGAGUUCAGACCCAAGGCUGUGCAGGAUACCAUUCAAGCCCUCACUGCCAAGGCAGCCCAGCCCACCGCUCGAAAUGCUGUCAUGCUCGGCGUUGUCGCCGGAGUCUGCUCUCGCCAUGACCAAGCAAAGACCCUCUUCGAAACCAAAAAGACGGAAUACUUCACUUUCCUGACAAGGGAAAUCAUUGGCUCCAAAACUGCGCUACCGACCCAUAUUGCCGACGGCUUAGGCGACUUCUUCUCCGACUUCGUCACAUCCGAGGACUUGACCAAGGACGUUAUUCCGCCUAUUGAGAAGGGUUUACUACGAGCACCCGAAGUCGUACUCAAUAUUGUCCCGGCCAUCAUCAAACCUCUAUCUAACGGCAUCGACCUCGCAGCUGUCCUCGCCGGCAAUCUCAUAAAGCCCUUUCUUUCCAACGCCAAGUCCAGCAACCCCGCAAUUCGACAGAGCGUCCUCGAUGUCUUCAAGGUUGUCGCUAUCAAAAGCCACGACACCACAAGCCUCGAAAAGGUUGCCGACGAGAUUAUUGGGCCACUCAAAUCUGGCAAGCUUCCAUCCGCCGACCACCGUGUUGUCCAUUCCGAGAUGCUUGUCAGUCUUCCCUUGUCAGGCUCCAUCGCUCAGAAGAUAAUCACUGCUCUGCCGCCUACUGCUGCCAAGGAAGGUAACGAAGCAGCCCUACUCGCAGAGGUCGCCGCCAUCAGCAAGGCAGUCUCCUAUGAGUUGCAACAGGACAGAGAAUUGCCAAAGCCCCUGUUGGACGCUUAUGCUAAAGGUCUUGCUGACAAGAAGAUCAACGCCCGUCGGAUAUGGAUCCUCAAGACUGGCGAUGUCUUGUCAACAUUCAGCUCGCAGCCUCUGCCUGCCAGUGUUGUCAAGUUUGCGGAAGCAGUCGUCACGCCCUUGUCUGAUUCGUGGGCCGAAGUCCUCAAGAACCCACCCGCUGCAGUCCAGAGCAAUUUGAUCACGGGUGCUUAUGUGUUUACCACUUUGGCAUACCAGAACUUUGCCAACAUCGACAACGCUGGAGUCAAGGCUGCCCUCAAGAAGGCUGCCGUCUCCAAGGAAACUCUCGUAUAUGAGCCCAAGCCUUCUUUCCUCUUGAACCACCGUGUCUAUGGCCGUCUAACUGUAGAAGACGAUCUGAGGUGGUUCUUAUGUGCCCUGACUGCUUCUGUGGCUGGUCUCGAAACUGCAGCACCAGAAGUCCGGUCCGCGUGGUCGCAAGCAUUCAUUUAUCUCGCCUCGUCACCAACCGUACCACCACAGAUCAGAAAAGAGGCAUCUGGCACGAUAUCAAAGUUAUAUGCCAAGUCCCCUACGGUCAUCGCUGAGGCCGUCAUUGCUGGCCUUUGGCAGUGGAUUGAGUCAACCGAGACUGCUGACAAGGAAAGUAUAGCUUCGGCAGCAAAGUUCGACAAGACGCACCUACACGUUGCGACUCGAUCAAUUUGCCUCAACAAGGAAGAUCUGACACGGAUGGGGUCUGAACCAGAUGUCGAGUCCCUGGAGAAGCAAAUGUGCUCGCUGCUUGUUCUGCUACGAGAUGAUCUUAUUCCUAGAUGCAGCUGGAUCGACACCGUCUUACGCGUUGGUCUGGAUCCUGCGAGUCUCGCUUUAAGGCAUGAACAGGAUCUAUUAGGAGAGAUCAUCAAGAGAACAAGCUUUGGGCAAGUCACGUCGAUAAAGACAGCGGCGUGCAAAGCAGCCGCCGACCUUGCCUUUGUGGCACCAGAAGUGAUGACACCGAAGGUUAUUGAAAUGCUUCGCCGAGACUUGGACCCGACGGAUUUGCAAGAUGUAGGACCUGUCGAAGCAGCAAUUUUCCGCACUCCUGAGGGCACUGCCUUCAUCGACGUUCUUGCGAAGAGCAAUCAAGCUCUGCCAAACAAGAACACCAAGGAUUAUGACACACUUAAGUGGGAAGAAGAGCUUCGAGCUCAACUAGCUGCGAAGAAGGGUACACAGAAGAAACUGACAGCGGACGAACAGGCCAAGGUCAAUGCGCAGCUCAAGAAAGAGUCAGAGAUCCGAAAGUCCAUCCAGCAGAUAGAGGCGCGAUUGCUUCGUGGUGUCGGAAUUGUCCAUGGCUUAAUCACUGGACCCCCGACUGAAGCCAAUUUAUGGAUGGGUCCUUCGGUCAAUGCAUUGCUCAAGGCUAUGGAAGCUGGUGCUUGUCAGAUCACCGGUGAUGACGCACCGUCUGCAUACCUUGCCUGCGCAGAAAAAGUCACUACCCGUCUUGGUUCCGUCAGGCCGUUUAUUGGUGUCGCUACCCUCCGCGCUUUGGGUAUCACGGGUCUUCCGGACAACCUGGUUGAGGAGGGUCUUGAGGAACUUGUGACAAGAGUGCUCUACAAGCUUCGCUUUGCAGGAGAACAGCGGCCGUUUGAUGCUAUCUCACUUGUCUACAUCUUGUCUCUUCUCUUCCUCGUCCUUCAAAAAGGGGGGUUUGCGUCAGCAGCAGAUGAGAGAGAUGCUCAAGUAGUCCUAGCUAUUGAGAUCCUAUCUUUCCAUACGGCGGUUUGCUCUGACGAGUCUGUCCCACGAUCAGAUCUGAUCUCGAUAUUGACAAGCUCCAUGCAGCAAUACAGCCUGCAUUACAAGGUCAUCAAGGACUGCUUCCACGACUUGAUCCGCUGUGUAGCGCCAAACAUCACACUAGCAGAAACUGCAGUCUUAGUAAGAGGAGCGAUCGUGCCCGAAGCAUCCGUCAGGGAAACAGUUCUGCAGGUCAUUAGUGCCGAAGUCGAUCUCAGUGAACUCGAAUUCUCGGAGGAGAUUUGGCUGGCAUAUCACGAUGACGUUGAAGAAAAUGCAGAAAUUGGCAAAGAAAUCUGGGAGGAAAGCGAGUUCAAGCUUUCGAAGGAUGUUCCUUUCAAAAUGCUUCCUUACCUCGAAAGUCAAGACUCGCAACUUCGUGGGGCUGCGGCGCGAUCACUCGCAGAUGCCUGCAAAGCCUAUCCCGCGACCACGGAUGAUGUUCUGGCAAAACUUCAAGCUUCAUACGUGGAUUUCGCUAAGCCACGCAAGCCGGAGCUAGACCGUUACGGAAUGCCUCUUAAAAAUGACCUCAAGGAUCCUUGGGAAGCCCGACAUGGUAUUGCUGCAGCAUUCAAGCACAUCGCUGUUCAUCUAGAGAACGGCCAGCUGGAUGAUUUCUUGAGAUUCCUCAUCGAGAAGGGACCGUUAGGCGACAAGGAUCCCAACGUGCGCAGCGAGAUGAUCCACGCGGCAAUUACUGCCAUCGAUCUGCAUGGCCGAGCUCUCGUUGACGAGCUGAUGAAGAUGUUCGAGACAACCCUAGAGGCUCCGGACAAAGGCUCGGAAGCUGGUGAUCGGGUCAAUGAAGCUGUCAUCGUCAUCUAUGGUGCUCUUGCGAGGCACUUGAAGCCUGGAGAUGCGAAAAUUCCUGUCGUAAUUGAGAGACUAUUGGCGACCCUAAGCACUCCCUCUGAAACGGUUCAAUAUGCCGUGGCCGAGUGUUUACCAUCGCUUGUCCGUACAUGCGGUGACAAGUCAUCCAAGUAUUUCGAGCGAGUCAUGGAUACCCUACUGAACUCCAAGAAAUACGCCGAAAAGCGUGGCGCUGCGUACGGCUUAGCUGGUCUUGUGCUUGGAAGAGGUGUCGUAAUCUUCCGGGAAUACCGCAUCUUGAUCACGCUGAAGACCGCCACGGAGAACAAGAAAGAGCCCCAGCAACGUGAGGGUGCAUUCCUGGCAUUUGAGUUGUUGCCGUCAAUGCUUGGUCGCCUCUUUGAGCCAUACAUUAUUCAGAUUGUCCCUCAACUGCUGACAGGCUUUGGCGAUACCAAUGCAGACAUCAGAGAUGCAUGUCUCGCCGCCUCCAAGGCCUGUUUCGGAAAGCUCAGCUCUUAUGGUGUCAAGCAGAUCCUACCCACAUUGUUAUACGGACUCGACGAUGAUCAAUGGCGAAGCAAGAAGGGAGCAUGUGAACUGCUGGGUGCAAUGGCCUACCUAGAUCCCCAGCAACUAGCUCAGAGUUUGCCUGACAUCAUCCCGCCGUUGACCGCCGUCCUCAACGACAGUCAUAAGGAAGUUAGAUCCGCUGCAAACAAGAGUUUGAAGCGCUUUGGUGAUGUCAUUACUAAUCCAGAGAUCAAGAGUAUCUCCGAUAUUAUCCUUAAGGCCCUCAGCGACGCAACAAAGUACACCGACGAUGCUUUGGAUGCUCUCAUCAAAGUUCAGUUCGUACACUACCUCGAUGCUCCUUCGUUGGCAUUAGUCACGAGAAUCCUUCAACGUGGUCUCGGCGACAGAUCCAAUACCAAGAGGAAGGCCGCUCAAGUCAUUGGCAGUUUGGCACAUCUUACGGACAGAAAGGAUCUCAUCGCUCAUUUGCCCGUCCUCGUCUCUGGCCUCAAGCUCGCCGCAGUCGAUCCUGUGCCAACAACUCGUGCUACUGCUUCACGCGCUUUGGGAUCUCUGGUGGAGAAGCUUGGCGAAGAUGCUCUGCCAGAUCUCAUUCCAGGUCUUAUGCAGACACUCAAGUCGGAUACUGGCGCUGGAGAUCGUCUCGGUUCCGCACAAGCUUUGUCCGAGGUCUUGGCCGGUCUGGGCACGACCAGACUGGAGGAGACUUUGCCCACCAUUUUGCAAAACGUCGAAAGUUCAAAGUCUGCCGUCAGAGAAGGUUUCAUGUCCUUGUUCAUCUUCUUGCCCGUUUGUUUCGGCAACAGUUUCGUCAACUACCUUGGCAAGAUUAUCCCUCCAAUUUUGGCCGGUCUUGCCGACGAUGUCGAAUCCAUUCGUGAGACCGCACUGCGUGCUGGUCGUUUACUGGUCAAGAACUUCUCCGCCCGAGCUAUUGAUCUGUUGCUACCUGAACUUGAAAGGGGUUUGGCAGACGACAGCUACAGAAUUCGUCUCAGCUCUGUGGAACUGGUGGGUGAUCUGCUGUUCAAUCUCACCGGUAUCACUGGUAAAGAAGAUGCAGAGAUCGAGGAGGAACAAGUCAAAGAAGCAGGAGCAUCGCUACGCGAAGUUCUCGGAGAAGAGAAGCGCAACAAGGUGCUUUCGGCAUUAUACAUCUGUCGCUGUGAUACGUCUGGCGCUGUACGUGCUGCAGCUAUUGCUGUUUGGAAAGCUCUGGUCGCGUCGCCGCGAACACUCAAGGAGCUUACGCCAACGCUUACUCAACUCAUCAUCCGCCGCCUGGGUAGCUCCAACAUGGAGCAUAAGGUUAUCGCCAGUAACGCAUUGGGUGAAAUGAUCAGAAAGGCUGGCGACGGUGUUCUCUCCACCUUGUUGCCAACUCUGGAGGAGGGCCUGCAGACCUCUAUGGAUGUUGAUGCCCGCCAAGGUAUCUGCUUGGCAUUGAAGGAACUGAUUUCAUCUGCUUCUGACGAAGCCUUAGAAGACCACGAAAAGGUUCUCAUUUCCGUUGUACGCACUGCGCUUACAGACUCGGACGAGGACGUCAGAGAGGCCGCAGCCGAAGCCUUCGACUCGCUGCAGCAGAUCAUUGGCAAGCGCGCAGUUGAUCAAGUCAUGCCAUUCCUACUCAACCUUCUGCGGUCCGAGGCCGAUGCAGAGAAUGCCUUAUCUGCACUUCUGACGCUUCUUACAGAGACUACACGUUCAAACGUCAUUCUUCCCAAUCUUAUCCCUACCCUUAUUGCGCCUCCCAUAUCAGCUUUCAACGCAAAGGCUCUGGCCUCGUUGUCAAAGGUUGCCGGUGCGGCUAUGAACCGUCGCUUGCCCAACAUCAUCAACUCUCUCAUGGAUAAUAUUGUCAAAUGCCAGGAUGAGAGCCUCCACGCCGAUCUUGAGGCAUCCUUCGACACCGUGAUCUUGUCAAUUGACGAAUACGAUGGUUUGAAUGCAGUCAUAAAUGUUCUGCUGCAGCUUGUCAAACACGAGGAUCACCGCAAGCGAGCCAAUACCGCGUACCGAAUGGCGACCUUCUUUGAGCAGUCUACUGUCGACUACUCGCGGUACAACCAGGAUAUUGUCCGAUCUUUGCUGAUUUCGUUUGAUGACAGAGACAAGGAGGUAAUCAAAGCUGCCUGGACAGCACUCAGCGCAUUCACGAAGAAACUUAAGAAGGAAGAAAUGGAGGCCCUUGUGCCCUCUACACGCCAAACUCUUCUCCAUGCUGGUGUCGCUGGCCGUAACCUUCCUGGCUUCGAGUUGCCAAAGGGUAUCAAUGCCAUUCUACCGAUCUUCCUGCAAGGUCUUAUGAACGGUACCCCAGAUCAACGGACAUCUGCUGCCCUAGCUAUAUCUGAUAUCGUCGACCGCACAAGCGAAGAGUCUCUCAGGCCUUUCGUCACCCAAAUCACUGGUCCAUUAAUUCGUGUGGUAUCCGGAGGCUCUACCGACGUCAAAGCCGCCAUCUUGUUGACACUCAACAACCUCUUGGAAAAGAUGCCAACAGCCCUGAAGCCUUUCUUACCUCAACUUCAGCGUACAUUUGCCCGGGCCUUGGCAGAUACCACGAGCGAAAUGCUUCGCUCUCGUGCCGCAAAGGCGCUUGGUACUCUUAUUAAGUUCACGCCGCGUGUUGAUCCUCUCAUUGCUGAGCUUGUUACGGGUUCCAAGACGACUGAUCCAGGUGUCAAGAACGCCAUGUUGAAGGCUUUGUACGAAGUCAUCAGCAAAGCAGGCGGCAACAUGGGUGAGAGCUCACGUACAGCUGUUUUGGGUCUCAUCGACACGGAAACCGACGAAAUGGACUCUGCAAUGACCAUUACAAAUGCCAAGCUGCUCAGUGCUCUUGUCAAGAACGUUCCCGAAGAGGUUGCCACGAACCUACUCAAGAACCGUGUUAUCACCACACAUUUCACCACCUCUUCCGUUCUAGCACUAAACGCCGUUCUGGUGGAGUCUAAAGAGGUUCUACUUGAGAGUUCUCUGGCAGAAGAGCUGCCCGAUGUUCUCUGCCAGGGCAUGUCCAACAAGAACCUCUUCGUCGCGGACAACACCAUCUUGGCAACGGGCAAAUACUUGUUAUCCACAACACCAACAUUUGAACAGACCAAACCUAUCUUCUCAACUCUCGCCUCGAUUAUUGCCCCCGGAAACCCUGGAGAUAGCCGCCGGUUGGCUCUCGUCGUAGUGCGCACCGUAUGCCGUAAGAACAUGGAACUUGUUCGUCCCCACCUACCGCUGCUCGCAGGACCAAUAUUUGCGUCUGUCCGUGAUCCAGUCAUUCCCGUCAAAUUUGCAGCAGAGGCAGCAUUCAUUGAGCUCUUCGACGUUGUUGAAGAGGAAGGAAAGGUAUUCGAGAAGUUUGUGCAAAGCCCCACAGGCCAGGAGUUGCCCCCCAACACGAGAAGGAGUAUGGGUGACUAUUUCAAGAGAGUUGCAUUGAGACUAGGUGCCCAAGCUAGGGAACGCAGAGAUGUGGAAGGUCUUAGCAACGACGAGGCUGAGGAUGAGAGGGAGGUUUGGAGUGUUGGACAAGUUGAGACUGGAGGUGGCGUCUUCAGCCAAGACUAAAGUCUUUUCUAGGAAAACAGAACAGCUUGCUUCAAGCUACGGGUAACGAAAACUGCAUAUGUGAUAUCAUUAUGCAAGGUAUUACGCAUUUCAUGGUAGAUAAAAAUAACGAUUGCAUUUAAACGAUAAUUCGUAUACCCAC